ACAUUCUCGCUUUCUCACGAUCACAGCUGAUUUCAUUUAGCCGGCGGUGUGAGUCGCAAUGAUACGCACGCAACCUUAAACUCAUUCCUUCGUGACUGCAGGCAUGAUGAAGCGACCUUGGAGGUGGCAUUUACUGCCAACAGCACUUCUAUUACUACAGGUAUUGGCCAUACAUGCUCAGGAUGAGCGUGCAGGAGCCCGAGUGACUACAGAUAUUAGUCCUACCUCUCCGACUCCAGAAACCACACUUCCACAUGGGCUUGGGCUAAGGCCUGAUCAGAAGAAGAGAAAUGCUGAAGCCAGGGGCCAGCAAGCUGUUGAUUCAGCGCGGGAUAUUCUCCAUACUCUGAAAAUACCUGUCAAAAGACGUGAUCGGCCUUCGGGUUUCCUUGGACAUGCAAUAUACUAUGCGAAGGAGGCAUUUUAUUUAUUAUUCAUGAAUAGUCCAUCCAUAAACGUCAACACACAACGCGCGGAUAAACUAUCCCCUCAGCUUAAGCAGGCGGUGUCACUGCUUCAAGAAGCCGCGAGCCAAGACAACCCGGACGCAUUGUUUCUUCUAGCAGAAAUGAACUUUUACGGGAAUUUUACGCAUCCACGAAAUUACCCCAAGGCAUUUGAGUUGUAUAAAUCACUUGCCACGCUGGAAGGCAAUAGCACUGCGCAGUACAUGGUUGGGUUUAUGUAUGCGACAGGGAUAGGGGGGGCGGUUGAACGACAUCAAGGCAAAGCGUUGUUAUAUCAUACGUUUGCGGCUAUGGGAGGUAACAUAAGAUCUCAAAUGACUGUCGCGUUUCGCCGGUAUCUAGGUAUCGGAACACCUCGCAAUUGUGACCAAGCGGCGUAUUACUAUAAACAAGUAGCCGACCAAGCAAUGACUUAUUAUAGAUCAGGCCCACCCGGCGGCCAAAUUCUGGCUAGAGAGUCAUAUCGCUGGCCUGAUGAUGAAGGUGGUGUGUACGGCGAGGGCGCAAGCGUCUCGAGCUCCGGUCCAAAUGCAAAUAAGGAGUCCCACCAUUCAGGUUCUGAUUCAAACCUUGAAGAUGUGUUGGAAUAUUUGGAUCUCUUAUCGAAAAAGGGUGACGUGAAGGCCACUUUUACGUUGGGGAAGAUGCAUUAUGAUGGCUCAAGAAACUUGAAAAGAAAUAUGAGGAAAGCCAUGAAAUAUUUCGGCUUGGUUGCCAAGAGAUUCUGGACAAACGACGGCAAAAUUGUCUCCAACUACCCCGUGGGAAUUGAAAAGACCGCUGCUAAGGCGGCCGCACAUAUUGGACUCAUGUUCUUGCGUGGGGAAGGGGUUGAUCAACAUUUCGCGAAGGCGAUUACUUGGUUCCAGCGAGGCAGGGCGCUUGGAGAUCCGAUGUGCCAGCACUACAUAGGCAUAAUGUAUUUGGAUGGAUAUGGCGUACCUCAAGACGUUAUGAAAGCAGCGUCUUAUUUCAAGGCUGCGGCGGAGCAAGACUUUCCGGCUUCUGAAACCAAACUCGGGGCGUUAUUCCUUGACCAAGGCGAUGUAGCCACCGCAACUCGAUACUUUGAGCUAGCUGCUCGAUACCGUUGGAUUGAAGCAUUCUAUUAUCUUGCUGAAAUCGCUGACCAAGGGAUAGGAAAAGAUCGCCACUGUGGUAUGGCGACAGCGUACUACAAAAUGGUGGCUGAAGAGGCAGAGGUCAUCCAUUCCUCGUUCCACGAGGCGAAUACGGCUUACGAAAAUGACGAUAAAGAAACCGCAUUGGUUGCAUCGAUGAUGGCUGCAGAACAGGGGUACGAGAGUGCCCAGACAAAUGUGGCCUUCUUGCUGGAUGAGCAGCGAUCGGUUCUGCCACUUGAUUAUAUUAUGCGCCGACCCCAGAAUCGCCGGCCAUCUGUACUCCGAAAUGCUGCUUUGGCGCUUAUAUACUGGACUCGUUCCGCAAGGCAGUCAAACCUGGAUUCCCUUGUGAAAAUGGGUGAUUAUUAUUUCCACGGCUAUGGAACGCCGCGCGAGGUUGAAAAUGCCUUUACCUGUUACCAUUCGGCUGCGGAGGGCUAUCACAGUGCCCAGGCGCUGUGGAAUCUAGGCUGGAUGCAUGAGAACGGUUAUGCUACUGAGCAGGAUUUCCAUAUGGCGAAGAGAUUCUACGAUCUAGCCCUUGAAACGAACGAUGAAGCUUAUUUGCCAGUCAAGCUUAGCCUGAUCAAGUUACGGAUAAGGAGUUUCUGGAAUCGAAUUACGCGGGGAAAAGCUAAUCCAAUCCGACCAGAGCCAGGAAAAUUCUUUGCUCGGUCUCCGCUAACGAAACUACUUCUCCCUCUAGACGCAAAACUCCACCGAUCAUUGAAGGAAUGGAUUAAAGCUUUCAACACUUACAACGAAGAGGAUGAUAAAGAGUUCAACCAACACAAAUCAAAACACCCAUCCGAUCCCGAUGCACCAGAUGGUAUCCUUUCUGAAGACGGCGCCGCAACGGAUGACAGGGGAGAGCCUACCAGACGUAAUCAUGACAGUACCUACUAUGACGAGUUCGAUAUGGAUAUCGAUGAUGAUAUUUUUGAUAGCCUUGUAAUCCUCGCACUGGCAGCUACUUUAAUCGUUCUCGUGUAUGUGCGACAGCGACGAGGGCUUCGAGGCGUUGGCCAGAGAGAUGGCAAUGCUGUGCGUGAUGGGGCUAGAGUUGGAAAUGACGCGGGACGGCCCAUUGAUAAUCCCGCGGCUCCUGGCGACGCCGCUGCUGACCCGCAAAGGGAACAGGAUAGAGGUCUCUUCCCCGGACCUGGCGAUCCUGAUUUCGCGGCCUGGGUUGCUGGCGGGGUUGGUCAUUAG